AUGGUUUACCUGAGAAGUAUUGAAGGAUCCAUUGUGCUUUUCGAAGGAUGUUUUGGUCAGGUUGGAACAACUCAAGCACAGAGAAAAUGUGCUUCCGUAACGAUUACCGAAUCUGACGAGAAGCAAACAUACCCUGUCGGUUUGGAAUCCAUUGAACGAACUAGUGGUUCAUUACCGUUCCCAAGUACAGUAUUGUAUGGUUCCGGGAGAGAGCUAAGUACUGACGGCGAUAACGGAAUUAUGGAUAUGGACCGCCUUUUGCAACAAACGAUGAUUCUGUCAACGGAAGCUGAUUUCACGGCCAAUAGAAUUUUGCAACGUGUUCCGAUGAAUUUGAUGAAUGGGUCUUCCCAAUCAACUAGCACAAUGGAUGAUAUACCCGGUUCUUCAUCAUCUGCAUCGGUAUUCUCACCCCCAACGUUAACAGCUCGGAAUAGCUCUAAAACGCUAAAAUGUCCUAAAUGCAACUGGCAUUACAAAUAUCAAGAAACACUGGAAAUUCAUAUGAAAGAGAAGCAUGCGGGUCAUGAGGUGAAAUGUAUUUUCUGCCUGCAUAAUCGACCACAUCCUCGAUUGGCCCGUGGUGAAAGCUAUUCAUGCGGCUACAAACCAUAUCGUUGCGAAAUAUGCAAGUAUAGUACUACAACGAAGGGUAAUUUGAGCAUACAUAUGCAAAGUGAUAAGCAUUUACAUGCAGUGCAAGAAAUACCACCCACAGUUACAGGUAAUACUAUAGCAAUUUCAAGUGGUGAUCUGAAUACAGAGAAUUUACUCCAAUGCAUGAUUUGUUCCACAUAUUCAACUGAUGACAUUUGCAAGAUGAUCGAACAUAUCGAAAAGGAUCGAAGUCAUCCGGUGAUUGGUGAUAUCUCAGUGAUACACGGUGUUUAUCAUUGUAAUCUAUGUCCCUAUAGUACUAGUCUGAAAGCAAAUUUUCAAUUGCAUACGAGAACCGACAAACAUGUACAGCGAACACAAAUGGUAAGUGAAGUACAAUUCUAA